AUGGCUGUUGAAGCUCAACAACACCAUUCCUCAAAUCUCCUCUUCCUCAACAACAGAAACGGGAAAGAGGAAGAACAAGAUUUUUCGUUGCAAGCACAUGCUGGAGAUUUUCUUGAUCAAACCAAUAUGUUGUUCAUCAAUGAGGGUUCUAAUCAGAGAAAAAGAGGAAGAGAAAUGAACAAUCAUCAGCAAUUUUCUCUGCAGUCUCAGUUUCCUCAAGUUAUAAACUUAUCUCUAUUACACAACCAAAAUCAACCGCCGUCGAAUAUGGUCUAUACAGGACUCCGGUUAUCUUCCGGCGAAGAACAGACACGAAAGAUGUUUCAGCAGAAUGGUCACCAUCGUAAUCUUGUCUUUAGCUCGUAUGAAGAUGUUGUAGCUACACAUAUUAAUAGGCAAAGCGAAGAACUGGAGGAGUUUCUUCGUGCCCAGGCGGAGGAGCUACGGCGCACAUUAGCGGAGAAGAGGAAGAUGCACUAUAGAGCGCUGAUUGGUGCUGUGCAAGAGCCGUUGGUUCGUAAGCUGAGGGAGAAAGAGGCAGAGAUAGAGAUCGCCACGCGCCGUCACAAUGAGCUUGAGGCGCGUGACGCGCAGCUUCGAGCGGAGACGCAGGCUUGGCAAGCUAGAGCCAGGGCGAAUGAAGCCGCCGCCGCGUCUCUGCAGGCUCAGCUGCAGCAUGCCGUUAACAUACGCGGCGGUGUGUCGGCGCAGGAUAGUGGAGCGGAUGGAGAAGGGCUAUUGUGCGCAGCGGAAAUGAGCGGAUUGGAAGACGCCGAGUCGGCCUACGUGGAUCCAGAGAGGGUGAUGUGGCCAAGAUGCAAAGGUUGCCGGAAAAGGGAAGCGUCGGUGGUUGUGUUGCCUUGUCGGCAUUUAAGCAUCUGCCCGGGAUGUGACCGGACAGCUUUAGCCUGCCCGUUGUGUCUCAUGUUGCGGAACUCAAGUGUUGAAGCUAUUUUUUGCUAA